UCGGAUGAUCCAUUUGAUCCUUUCUGCUUGAUCUCAUCAUCAACCGUUAAGAGCGUCUCUACAGGAUCCGGGCUAAAUGCGAAGCUCUCAUCUGACGCCAUUUUUAAAGCCUGGGAAUCUACCGAUUCGCAGGCUAACACUACUCUCAAUCUGGCCACCGACCGUAUCUCAGCUUCAGGUUUAAAGUCUAUUGUGAGCGAAAAUCUUGAGCAAUAUCAGUCUGAAUCUAAUGGCGAACGGGGACCUACCAAACAAGCUGACACUGCCCUACUCCCUAACCCUGCUACUUUUCCAAAAGCUCGUGACAAAUGCAAGUCGGCUCAACCAAAUUCGACCUCCGAAAAGCUCAACUCCGGCACUGCGCCGCCAGCUGUUGAGGAGGAAGAGGCUGUGCUGAUGUGGGUUCGCGAGGAGAGCCGAAUACAAGCGCAGCAAGAGGAGGCAGUACGGGCUCGUGAACAAGCCGACCUCGAGCUUGCUAUACGCCUCAGCCAGAUGGACGCAAGAUGA